CGCGUUUCUUGCGUUUUUUUAAUGAGCGUUACUGACUCACAAUCGCGGUUCCCUUUUGAGCGUUUAAACGCGUUUUUCCAAAUGUUUGUCUGCUUGGGUAGUUCUGUAAAAAUUUGGCUUCUUUUUGUAUUAGCGUAGAUAAAGUGAAGGACAGUGAUUGUCUCACUUUAUCAUACGUUGCUAACUGUUUUAUCUGUGCGAAGGCCCGCUCUGUUAUAAUUUUAGUUCGCUUGUUUUAUAACAGCCAUCCUUGAGUUCGGGAAUUAUAGGCUGCAUUUUGCACUGGAUUAUUAAAUCUGAAAGGGAUAACGAAGAUACUUAGCGAGUUUGAUAUACGUAUGUAAAUCUCAGUACGUUCUUAAGAAUAAAGAAUUGAAAGUGUUAUUUUCAUAUUUGCUCGACAGCUACUUGUAAUACUAUUUGUACAAGUGCCAUCCCAUGUAAUCGUUUGCGUUCGAAAAAACGCGUUUGAACGCUGUUUUGAGCGUUUAAAUCUACGUUUAAACGCGUUUUGUAAAAACCUGCGUUUGAGUCGAACGCGUUUAAACGCCCUCAUGUGCGAGGAGCGUUUGAACGUUUUUUUUUCAUAAAUUCUUGUUAAGCGUUUGAUUAUUAAAGGCGUUUAAACGUCGAAGAUAUUUAAUACUCUGAACGCGUUUAAUUUUUUGAACGCGUUUUAAGGCGUUUCGAUUUGAUUAGACGUUUGAACGCUGUUCUGAAACAAGUUACAACGGCGUUUGAGAGCGUUCCUAUUAUUAAACGUCUCGGCACGCUGUAG